ACUUUUACCAUUUGUGCGUUUAUACGGGUUUGCUAGAGUUGCUGUGAGCAGGGUCUCACUCUGUCCUCUUCCCAUCGGGCUUCCCCGGUUCUCUCCCCUCCCCUCCCAUGGUCAGGUUCCAAUCCCUACUCCUCCGGCGAUUUGAGACUUGCCUGUGACUAGCAAGCCUCCCGCCCCACCUCACCUGCUGGAGGCCGAAUCUGUUCCCCGCCAUCCACCGGCUCGCCGACGAGGCAACAAGACUCAGCAACUUGCAUGAUGGAGGCUGCGGAAUUUCGCCCUUGGUCAGAUCUUCCGCCAGAACUCCUGGGACUUGUUCUCAAGCGCCUCCCUUCCCUAGCUGACCGUGUUCGUCUAAGAGCUGUCUGCCACCCAUGGCGCUCUAAUAGUAUGUUGCAACCCCUUCCUCUCCCAUUUCCAUGGCUCACUCUCCCUGAUGGUACUUUCCUCAGCAUUCCAAACGGUGAGAUUCACCGCAUAUCUUUACCAGAAGGUGCGUGUUGCCAGGGCUCCAUUGGAAACUGGCUAUUCCUCACGCACAAUGAUGAUGUGUGCUACUUGAUGAACCCUUUCUCCAAGACCAGGUUGGAGCUUCCUAAGCUAGCCAAAAUAUGGAAGCGUGGAAUAUUGGAUCUUGAUUCUAGAUUUAGUCCAAUUUUCUACAAGUUGGUGGUGCCCUUUCCCCUUGACUCAUCGCCCUGUUCCCUUGUUGCUGCACUGAUCAUGGAUGAUAGUAACUGUGGUACACUUUGUAUUAGUGAACCACCGUUUGAGACUGACUCAUUCAGAGACGAUGAGCAUCCAGUUCUGCACCUCGGGGAUGUCGCAUUCUUUGAUGGAAAGUUGUAUGGGCUGUGCGGGUCUGGUCACCUUUUCAUCUUUGAAUUAGACAAGGAUCUUUUCAUUGCAUCCAUGGAGUGCGUAAUUCACUCUCUGGGUGACUUGGGUGGAACACCUCAAUCCUUGCCGAGAGAGGGGGCGUGUAUGGUAAGGGACUAUCUAGUCGAAUGUGGCGGUAGACUGUUGAUGGUGAUACGGUGGUUUCGCUCUACGGCCCGUCCAACAAGUGAUGACUGUUUAGAGCAUGACCGUACUGUUGCACUUGGGGUUUUUGAGGCCGAUCUGCAUGCCGAACCCGUUGGAUGGAGAACAGUAAGUGAUUUGGAUGGCCAUGCGCUCUUUCUUGGCCAACAUAGCUCCAAGUCCCUGCGUGCUGGAGAAUGCACUGGAUACCAAGAGGACUGCAUCUACUUCAUGUGUGACUAUCCCUGGCCGAAGUAUUCUGCAAAUCCUCUUCGCGACGCCGGUGUUUACAACGUCAGGAAUGAGACGUUCCUGCCGCUAAUGUCAGGGACCACCGCAGUACCACCACGUCACGCUGGCCAGUGGCGGCCGACAUGGUAUUUCCCUCCUGAAGCUGUAUGAUCAAGCCUUGUAAUCUACUGAUCCUGAGAGUAACUGUUGGGUAAUGUAUCGUCUGAAACGGAAGUUGGAAGGGCGUCUUCCUCACAGCGACAGGUGAGUUGUUGAUGGACGGCAGAGAUUCGUAGUAUUGGAUUCUGUGUUGGUAGGCUGGUAGGUUCAGUUUGAUGAGUGAUGUGUUCUACACUUCUACCCUGUGGUUGUUGUUCUGUUCUGUGGUGGCUGAACUUAGUGUUCUUGGCCUAUUGUAGUGUUGUAACUGUUCUCAGCUGAACUUUAAAAUGUUGGGCGCUGUAUCAUCAGUUUCAUUUCAAUGAAAUUUGGACGGUGUGUUCUCCUUA